AUCCCUCCCCUCACCAUGGAAUUAUUAUUAUUAUUAUGAAUAUAUAUAUAUAUUAUUAUUAUUAUUCAUCUCAUCGUUUACAUAUAUAUCGAAUUCACUGCAAAUGACUGAAUAUUCAAUUACCAAGUCAACGCAUGACAUGUCGAUCGAGUUCAUUUGAUUCGUGGUUGUGAUCGAUUGAUCGGAGCGUGUACUAGCUAUCGAUCAUGGCUGCGACGGUGGUGCCGGUGGCCUACCAGGCGAACACGUCGGCAGCGGUUCCCGACUGGUUGAACAAAGGAGACAACGCAUGGCAGAUGAUAUCGGCGACCCUCGUCGGCAUGCAAAGCGUGCCGGGACUGGUCAUCCUCUACGGUAGCAUCGUGAAGAAGAAAUGGGCCGUGAACUCAGCUUUCAUGGCUCUCUACGCCUUCGCCGCAGUGGUAAUAUGCUGGGUGACGUGGGCGUACAAGAUGUCGUUCGGGGACCAGCUCCUGCCCUUCUGGGGAAAGGCAGGGCCGGCGCUGGGCCAGAAGUUCUUGAUCAAGCAGGCGGUGCUGCCGGAGACGACGCAUUCCUACCACAACGGGACGGUGGAGACGGCCACGGCGAUGCCGUUUUAUCCGAUGGCGUCGAUGGUGUGGUUCCAGUGCGUCUUCGCGGCCAUCACCGUCAUUCUCCUGGCCGGUUCGCUGCUCGGCAGGAUGAACAUCAAGGCGUGGAUGAUGUUCGUUCCCUUGUGGCUCACUUUCUCUUACACCGUCGGGGCCUUCAGCCUCUGGGGCGGUGGCUUCUUGUUCCAAUGGGGCGUCGUCGACUAUUCCGGCGGCUACGUCAUUCACCUCUCUUCCGGUGUCGCCGGCUUCACCGCCGCUUACUGGGUGGGACCAAGAUCGAAGGACGAUAGAGAGAGAUUUCCGCCUAACAACGUGUUGCUGAUGUUGGCCGGAGCGGGGCUGCUGUGGAUGGGCUGGGCUGGUUUCAACGGCGGCGAUCCGUACAGUGCCAAUAUCGACUCUUCCAUGGCGGUUCUCAACACAAACAUCUGCGCCUCCACGAGCCUUCUGGUCUGGACUUGUCUGGAUGUCAUCUUCUUCAACAAACCUUCGGUUAUCGGCGCCGUUCAGGGCAUGAUCACCGGCCUCGUUUGCAUCACCCCCGGCGCAGGUCUGGUUCAAGGAUGGGCGGCUAUAAUAAUGGGGGUUUUCUCCGGCAGCGUGCCAUGGUUCACGAUGAUGAUCGUCCACAAGAGGUCGAAGCUGCUGCAGCAAGUGGACGACACGCUGGGCGUCUUCCACACCCACGCCGUUGCCGGCUUUCUCGGGGGUGCUCUGACGGGUCUGUUUGCAGAGCCAACGCUUUGCGCCCUCUUCUUGCCGGUGACCAACUCCAGGGGAGGAGUUUACGGCCGGUCGGCCGGCGGAGUCCAAAUCCUGAAACAGAUUGUGGGUGCCAGCUUUGUGAUUGGGUGGAACCUCGUGGUAACGUCGAUCGUCUGCCUGGUGAUAAAGCUGGUUGCGAGGAUUCCAUUGCGGAUGUCGGAUGAACAGCUGAAGAUCGGAGACGACGCCGUGCACGGAGAAGAAGCAUAUGCGUUGUGGGGGGACGGCGAGAAGUAUGACUCAACCAAGCAUGGCUUCUACUCCGUCGACGAUACAGUCCAUGAAACCACCUCCACCGGCGCCACGCAAGUCCUCUAGCUAAGCUAGGCUAGGCUAGGCUCAGGCUAAGAGAAGAAAACAGUAACUAUAUAUAUAUAUAUAUAUAUGGUGUGUGUGUAAUCUCCUUAAUUUUUCUUCAGACGUGAAUAAGCUGCCUGCCCGCCAGCCCAGUCCAGGUGGUGCUUCAAUUGUAUAAUCUCAUUUUCGACGCUUCUGGAGUUUGUACACUGAGGUCAUUAAUUUUAACUCUUCGUAGCGACGUGCUAUACUGCUCUCGUGUAGUGU